AGGCUUCCUCCCAAAAACCAAAAAAAUUGCAUAAUUCUCUAAUGGCUACUAUCGCCCAGCAGAAUACCGCCGCCCCCGUCGCCGAGGAGGCCGCCCCUAAUGCUCAGCAGCAGCAACAACAACAACCUGCCGCUCAGUUCGCCUCCCUUUACGUUGGCGACUUGAAGCCCGAUGUCACUGAAGCUAUGCUCUAUGAGGUCUUCAACGGUGUCGGUCCCGUUGCCUCUAUUCGCGUCUGCAGGGAUUCGGUCACUCGCCGUUCUCUUGGUUACGCCUACGUCAACUUCCACAACGUGGCCGAUGCUGAGCGUGCUCUGGACACCUUGAACUACUCCCCCAUCCGAGGCAAGCAGUGCCGUAUUAUGUGGUCUCACAGGGACCCCACUCUGAGGAAGGCUGGUAACGCCAACGUGUUCGUGAAGAACCUCGACAAGACCAUUGACAACAAGGCCUUGUAUGAUACCUUUUCCCUUUUCGGCAACAUCCUUUCUUGCAAAGUCGCCACUGAUGAUGAUGGCAAGUCUCGCGGCUACGGUUUCGUUCACUUCGAAAAUGACGAGUCUGCCCAUAAGGCUAUCACUAAGCUCAACGGCAUGAUGAUUGGUGAGAAGGCCGUGUACGUUGGCCCCUUCCAGAAGCACGCCGAGCGCGCUGAACAGCACGGAGAUGAGCCCAGGAAGUUCACCAACGUUUACAUCAAGCACCUCCCUGAGAGCUGGACUACCGAGGAGGACGUUCAGAAGGCCUUUGAGGAGUUCGGCAAGAUCACUUCCGUUGCUAUCCAAACCGACAGGAAGGGCCGUAGAUUUGCCUUUGUGAACUACGAGGACUUUGACUCUGCUGCUAAGGCCGUGGAGGCUAUGAACGGCAAGGACAUGCGCACCCAGGAGGAGAUCGACGCUGGCAAGGGCGAGGAGGAGUCCACUGAGGAGGGCAGUGAUGAGAUGCCCGAGUACAAGCUGUAUGUGACCAGGGCCCAGACUAAGACUGAGCGCUCUGCUGAGCUUCGCAACAAGUUCCAGGCUAAGAACACUGAGAAGGUUGGCAAUCAGUCUUGCAACCUGUAUGUGAAGAAUCUCCCUGAGGACGUUGAUGAUGAGAAGCUGCGUCAAAUGUUUGAACAGUUUGGUGAGAUCACUUCCCCCAAGGUGAUGGUUGACGAGAACACCGGCGUGUCCCGUGGUUUUGGUUUCGUCUGCUUUGCUAACCAGGCUGACGGUGAGAAGGCUAUCCAGGCUAUGCACUUGAAGCUGUAUGGUGGCAAGCCUUUGUUUGUUGCUGUGGCUGAGAAGCGUGAUGCCAGAAUUGAGAGGCUGCAGCAGCGCUAUCGUGCUGGCAUCCCUAUGGGAGGCUUCCAGCAGAACUAUCAGGGCUAUCGUGGCCCUAGGAACUUCAAUGCUCCUAAUCCGUCCCCCAUGUACUACAGUGGUGGACAGAACAGGCAGGGCGGCAUGAUGCAGGGUCCUCCUGGCGGCUUUGUCGGAGGCCCUCGUGGUCCUAUGGGAGCUCAGCGUGGUCCUAUGAUGAGCGGUGGUUACCCUGUAAAUCGUGGCCCUCGUCCCACUGGUCCUAAUAUGAUGCCCAUGAACCAACCUCCUCGUGGUAACUUCCCACCUCAGCAGCGCUUCCCGGGUCAGCAGGGUGGUCCCUUCAUGGGGCAGCAGGGUGGUAUGCCCCCUCGUAUGAUGCCAGAGCAGCAUAACAUGCCCAUGCCCCAUCAGAAUCCUCCUCCGAUGACCGCUGCUGCUCUUGCUUCAGCUCCUCCGGGACUGCAAAAGCAAAUGCUGGGUGAGCGUCUGUUCACGUUGAUAUCUAAGUACCAACCUACCCUUGCUGGGAAGAUUACGGGUAUGAUGUUGGAGAUGGACAACUCUGAGUUGCUGAUGUUGAUCGAUUCUGAUCAGCAGUUGAGAAUGAAGAUCGACGAGGCUGUGAGGGUGUUGCAGCAUUAAAUGGGGAUUUUCGGCGACUUGUAAGAACUCAUUUGGUAGUCUGCUGGCUGUAGCCUGUCAAAAAAAGUAAACAUGUUUUUUUCCUUGCUGCUCUGUUAUCUGCGAGUAGCAAAAGCGUAUUGGUAGUAGUUGUAGACGUUGGUGUUAGUAGUAUGAUGAACUGGAAGCUCUGAUGAUAGUGACACGGUAUGUGAUACUGUUAUCUUUGAUGUUGAUGAUUACGUUUCCUUAAGAACAGGUAAAGGCUAUAGUUGACCGUAAA